AUGCAGAAGGUGAAUCCGUUCAAGUCGCAGCCGCAGGUUUCUAAAGCUUCAUCCUCAGAGUCUGUUGAAGAGGAGAAAUCGUCCGACAUCAAUCAGAAUCCAGGAGUGAAGUCUGGGAUGAUACAGAAGAUAAAUCCAUUCAAGUCACAAGCUCAGAAUCAUGUCUCAACAGAAUCACAAACCACUGACUGCACACCACAAAAUAAACAGAAUCCAGGAGGUUUUUCUGGCAUGAUUCAGAAAGUGAAUCCAUUCAAGUCUUCACAACCAAAGGACUCAAAGCCAGUUCACAGUGACCUCUCCAGCAGUGAGGGGAGCCUGGCCGACAACAACAACCUGUCGGACAAAAAGAUGUCCUCUGAUGAAACUCCAGGGCUACCACCGCGACCAAACCAACAGAUUUCUAUGACGGACGACCAAACUCCAACGCUUCCACCUCGAUCCAACCAGCAGAGCCAGGGCGUGUUCAAAGGGAUGAUGCAGAAGGUGAACCCGUUUAAGUCCACGGCUCAGGAGUCCAGUGGUGAUUGUCAAACUGACGCUGGUCCAAAGCGAACAGAGGCUUCCCAAAAGCUUGAAAGCGAAUCAUCGUCUUCCAGUUGUGAAAGUUUGGUUGACGAGACGAUACAGCGGCACUCCAUUUGGUAUGCGGAGGUGCCCAGCACAGAGGUUCAGAGCAAACCAGCAGAACCACAAAAGAAGAGGACCAUGACUUUCCGUUUGAAGAGGAUUCUCCCGUCUGGUCUGUUUGGCUCUGGAACGCAGAAUCCAGCAGCAUCAGAAGCUCAGGCUACAACACAGCUCCAGGAGACUGUGGAGGUUCAGACUCUGGAGUUUGCAGAUGUGAAUGAUGAAGCGACCCCCGACCCUCUGGAUGAUGAAGACGGGCUCAUGUCCUGGUGGAACACAGUUGAGGGUUGGAACGAGUGGAACGAGUCGACACAAGAUGCAAAGGCGGAAGACGUGGUGGAGGACGCGGCUGAUCGUGUCUUCAUGGCGGCGCGGCUGUUCGUGGGCCUGUACAACAAACGCGGUGGAUCUCUGCAGCAGAAGAUCCUGGAGCUUCUGUCUCUGGCCGAUGCCGCCGACUUGUUCCACAAGAAGACGGUGACGGCCAGCGUGGGAGGGGGUGUGGCCAGCGUGGCGGGCUCCAUCACGACCAUCACUGGGCUCGUCCUAGCUCCCUUCACCGCCGGCGCCUCGCUCAUAGUGACGGCUGUGGGCAUCGGAGUGGCCACGGCGGGGGGCCUCGCCUCCGCUUCAGCCAACAUCACAGACACAGUCCACUCCAAAACUGACCGUAAAAAAGUGGAGGCCAUGAUCCAGGCCUAUCAGGACGAGAUGAAGGACAUCAAAGACUGUCUGGACUUUCUGCAGGAGGGCAUGGAGACCCUGGAGCAGUGGGACUUUGAGCAGUACGCCGAGGCCAUCUCCAAGAAGCACCUGAACCAGAACGUCAAGCACGUGAUGAAGGAGGGCGGGCGCGCGGGCAAAGCCCUGGUCAUCAACACGGAGAGCCUGAUCAGCACCGUGCAGGUCCUGAGCGUGGCGGGGAGCGCGGCCAAAGCGGCGCAGGUCAUGAGCGUCACCACGGGCGUCAUGUCAGGUCUCUUCCUCGCCCUGGACGUCUUCUUCUUGGCCAAAGACUCCAUCGAGCUGAAGAAGGGAGCAAAGACAGACUUCGCAGACAAGAUCCGCGAGGUGUGCAAAGACCUCCAGGCCGGCCUGCUGGAACUGAACCGGAUUAAAGAGGACCUCCAGAAAACCAUGGACGGGAUCGAGGUGGAGGUCGAGGAGGAAGAGGAAGACGAGGAGGUGUUAAAAUCUGACCUGAAAAAACUGGUGGAGCUUGAAGAAUGA